AUGACUCGCAGCAGCUUCUUGCUCCUGGCUGGCGCAAUUGCAAGCCUCCAGCUAGCGCACACCGCGGAUGCCACGGAAAAGCCCGAUGCUGGUUUGGGCCAGAUCCCUCUGCCAGACGAGCCCGGCUUCCCAGGCCAACAGAGCGUAUUGGUUUAUGCAGACGCGUCCAACUCCGCAGGCAAUUGCACACACGACAGCGACCUGCUCGUCAAGACGACGCUCUUCACCGUCCAGGGAGCAGUCUCUCCGGAGACGCCCAAGGUCCGGCAGUUCUUAGGUAUCCCCUUCGCUCAGCCGCCCAUUGGCCGAUUGCGAUUCCGUCCCCCUGUGACCAAGGUGGCAACCAAUGAGAUAGUCGACGCAACUAAGUAUGGGCCAUAUUGUUUCCAGCACACUCCUGCUCGCUCGGCCAUCUUCUCGGAUUACUUUCCCGGCCACCAAUUUGUGGCGGGGCAGGUGGAAUCAGAGGACUGCCUGACUUUGGACAUCUGGGCUCCAAGGAAGGGGUGUGGUGACGAUGGUCAGCAGCAGGCUAGAACGCCCGUGGGAGACAAGGCUGUCCUCAUCUGGAUACACGGAGGGGCUCUGAUGACUGGAGAUAGCUCGCCCCCUUACACGAGGGGUUCGAAGAUGGUUGAGGCUCACCAAGAUGCAGUAGUGGUCUCCAUCAACUACCGAGUCAAUAUCUUUGGCUUUCCUGGAGCGGCAGCACUUGACGGGCGCAAGCUCAACCCGGGCUUCUUGGACGUGCGCAUGGCUGUAGAAUGGGUCUACCAAAAUAUUCAUUACUUUGGGGGUAGUCCGACCCAGAUGAUCAUAUUCGGAGACUCUGCGGGAAGCUCGUGCGUGGACAAGUACAUCCACGCCUGGGCGCACGAUCCGAUCAUCAAGGGCGGCAUCAUGAUGUCCGGACAAGGCGAGCUGUCGGCCGACCCCAACGACCAUUCCAACUUUGACUACGUCGCCGAUAAGUUGGGCUGUAUAGGCGACAAGAACAAGCAAUUCACAUGCAUGCAGCAAGUUGGCGCAAAGGAGAUUGCUCACGUCUUGAACACUUAUGACUCCAAAAGGAAUGACGGCAACGUGCUCAUCUUUCAGCCUCAGGCGGAUAACGAGACGAGCUUCUCCAACUACACCGACCUUCAAGCCAGGGGUCUCUAUGCAACAGUACCGCAAAUCAUCGGCAAUUGCAACAACGAAUUUGCAUCUCUCAUCACGCCGUUCAACAAAGACGGCGCCGACCAGCAAGUCCUUGAUCGCCUUUCUGACGGCAUGUUUAUCUGUCCUGCUGCAAAAGCCGCAAGGGCCCGUCAAGAAUUCGGCAGUCCGAUAUGGCGGUAUCGCUACUUUGGUGAAUGGCCCAACUCGAACCCACUACCCUGGCUGCACGCUUAUCACGGAAGUGAUAUCGCCAUGGUUUUCGGCACCGCAGACACAUACGAACCCAACACCCCUCAGCAAACAGCUAUUAGCGAGUACAUGCAGUCAGUGUGGGUCGAAUUUGCCAAAGAUCCGGAGAAUGCUCUGACAGAGAAGUUUGGUUGGCCUAAGUACGUUGCGCACGAGGAUACUUUGGUCCGUUUGGCAUAUGAGAACAACCCGAAACCGACCUUUGUGAAGGGAGACAUGUACGAUAAAGGCUGUGGUGGGCCCCCGAUAGUCUGGCCUAUUAAAGAGCUUUGA